AUGUUCGUCAUUUCACUGAUGCUCCUCGCCUGGUUCGGGCUCUUCGCUUUCGCGCAGGAGAAGCACGGACACGUCCGCGUCUCCGUCGUUCAUAGGCGGGAGACGCCAACAUGCGAGGGGAUGUACGGCAGCGGCUCGCAGACCUGCGGAGGACCCGAUAGCACAUACUGCUUCAACCCUACUUCUGGCCAGUCGUGCUGCGAAGCCGACCACGGGUUCUGCGACGCAGGGAAAUACUGCGCGCCUGUUGGAGGCUAUUGCUGUUUCGAAGGUGAAGAUCUCGCGACGUGCGCUCAAAAUGCCGGCUUCACACUCCCAGCUUCCAUUUCCAACUCAUCGUCCUCGGCGGGCGCCAAUGCGAUGGCCGGAUCGGCAACCGUUGCUAGUCCAACAAUGACAGUAGCUCCCUUUCUCAAGGAGUCGUCGGUGCCGCCCUCAAUAGAUAUCGAAAAUUGUGGUUCGCCUGAACCUGCCGAAGCUAUAGCCAACUCGACCACAUCCACAUCAACCACCGUACCGCAUACGAAUACAACAACUCCAACGUCCCUUGUGCAAGUUUCCUUCGCAAGGAGGCGGGCCGACCCUAUAGCUAGACCAAUGGCAAUGGUCGGAAUAGUUUGUCUUUUGACAAUACUAAUUUGA